AUGUCCCAGAAUCUGAUACUGCUCUCCAGGGUCCGUUGUGAUCGUCUACGGCCAUGUAGCAACUGCUCGAGUCGGGGGCUUGGUUCCUCUUGCGUUUAUACCAACAUCAUCACCUCAGACGUCUCUUCACCUGCACAAGCAGCCCCGCCAGGCCGCCUUCAGGUUCCCGCCACCAAUAUGAAGGAUCGUAUUAAUCGGCUAGAGGGUCUGGUUUUGGAACUCAUGUAUCAGACUGAGCCAAGUCCUCGUGAAUCACCAAUGGGGGACCUCCCACACGUUACGCCUGACCAACGGUCCCGGAGUGACUGGUCCGAUCCACGCGAGAAUUUUGAGCGAGCCACUGUGAUGGAGUACGAAACACAGCAUGAUGUCUCGUCAUCCCCAUCUGACUACGGUAGCUUCAGGACUCCAGAGACAGGUGUCAAUUAUGUUAGUAGCUCGCAUUGGGCUGCCGUCCUAGAUAGUAUUACCGAUCUACGGGACCACAUGUCACGGGAGGAGGAGGCUCAUCCUCGGGGUUUGGAUCCUGUUCGGCCAACGGCAAGCUUCCCCAAACCCCAAUUGCUCUACAGCUGUACAAUGCAUGAGACCUCUGCCUCGAUUCUGAAGUCUCUACCGCCUCGUCUUACUGUGGACAGAUUGGUUUCUCGUUACUUCAACAUCAUCGACAUAGCCCCUGGCAUUGUACACAGUGGCCAAUUCCUUCGAGAGUAUGAAGAAUUCUGGAAGGCACCGCAUGACGCGCCAAUCUUGUGGGUUGGCAUUCUUUUUAGUAUCAUGUGCCUGUCCACACAGUUCCAGCAGGCCUUCUCCAGGACUGCCGGGUUCCCUCCUACACUCGGACACUCAAGGAAGGCAUCACAAGUCGGAGACAGUCAAGCGUUGGUAGAGACAUACAAGGAGAACGCCAUCCAGUGUCUCCUCCUGGGUCAUUACACAAAGGGUGGACCGUACGUUUUGGAGACCCUGAUUCUGUACUUCCUGAUCGAGAACUUCCACCUCAAAGACAUGGAGAUUGGUAUCUGGGUCCUGGUGGGAAACAUAGUACAGAUUGCCAUACACAUGGGCUAUCACCGCGAUGCGAAACAUUUCCCAUCCAUCCCUCCCUUUCCCGGUGAGAUGCGGAGGCGUGUGUGGGCGAUGAUCGUCCAGUUAGACUUUAGCGUCUCGACGCAGUUGGGGCUUCCUAGGCUGAUUAAAAAAAGUGACACUGAUACUGCCGAGCCACGGAACCUGAAUGAUUCAGACUUCGAUGAGGCUACUCCCACGUUGCCCAAUUCAAAGCCCGAAACUGAGGUGACACCUACUCUUUAUGUCCUGGCCAAGCUCCGGCUCCUCUCAGUAGGAGCCAAGGUCGCCGAUGUGUCCACAGAGCCCCAGCCACGUUCAUACGCUGAGAUCCUGAUGCUUGACCAGCAAAUUAACGAGGCUGGGAACACGCUCCCAUCUAGUUUGAAGUGGACUGGCCUCGCAUCGUCGCUUAAUGUCCCAUCCCAGAUCAUGAUUCAACGGAUCUGGCUGGAAGUGAGCAUCCAGCAACUGAAGAUUGUCUUGCACAGGAAGUUCUUACAGCCCUCCUGCCUCCACCGGCAAUAUGACCGCUCACGGUCCGCAUGCUUGGAUGCUGCGAUGCAGAUUUUAGAAUUGCAGCGUCUCGUUGACGAAGAGACCCAGGAAGAGGGUCUAUUAUACCAGAGCCGCUGGAGAGUUUCUUCUGCUUUCAUAAACGACUUCCUUCUGGCCACAAGUGUGCUUUGCUUCUAUGUUCAAACCCAUAAUAGGGAAAAGGAUACACACGUUGGCAGUUUAAGAGACCCUGAAGUUGAGCUGGUGGACAUGGACCGGAUCAGAGAUCUCUUAAGAACAUCCCAGACUAUCUGGAGUCGGCAAUCUGCUAAUUCAAGAGAGGCUCGAAAAGCCGUCGCCGCCCUUAAUUAUAUUCUAGAUAACUCUCGGCUAAGGCCUGAUCUCCACACAUCCGAGGAUGUAUCGCCCUCUGCUGUUCCGGCCACAGCCGUCUCUUACUUUCCAGGCUACCCAGACUUCACUUCGAACUACGACCUUCCCAAUAUGGUCCUGGGAUCUACAAUAGAAGGAAUGACAUGGCCCAUAUUCACAGCGAACAUGAAUGAUGAUGUCGAGCAGUGGCUUGGAGGGACUGGUUCUCAACAGAUGGAUAUGACAUUGUGA